AAGGCAAAGACACCCAAUUGGGUGAAAUAAACAUCGGUCAAGAUCUGAACACUCCUAGUCCGCAGUGGAUAUAAGAAGCCCUCCACACAACUCAACUUCUCCCAGACUCUUCAUUUCACUUCAUUGGCAAUCAAAGGAACUCAAAAUGAGCGGUGUGGUUGUGCAGAAUAUGUCCUUUAAGACGGGACAGACUCUGACUAUUACAGGAGUCCCCGAUGCUGAUUCCACAAAUUUUGCUAUUAACAUUGGUCACAGCGCUGAGGACGUCGCUCUACACAUGAACCCUCGUUUUGAUGCCCAUGGUGACCAGCGUACUGUAGUGUGCAAUUCAUUCCAGGACGGCAGCUGGUGUGAUGAGCAGAGAGAGGACAGCUUUCCAUUUAAUCAGAACGAGGAGUUCCAGAUAAAAAUCACUUUCACCAAUGAGGAGUUCCUGGUGACUCUUCCUGAUGGUUCUCAGAUUAAAUUCCCUAACCGUCAUGGUGCUGAGAAGUACAAAUAUAUUCACUUUGAAGGCGAGGUCAGGAUCCGUGGGAUUGAAAUCAAGUAGUCUAAUCAACACUUAAAUAAGGAUGCUGUUGUUGCCGGAAUGCUUAAUGCUUCUAUGCCUUAUGUUGUCACUUUUCCAGCUCUGUCAUUCCACAAUUUUCACUUAUUCAGAACGGAGUAUUUCAAUCACACUUUUAUGUCAAAUCAGCGUUUUAAUUUUGCUGUGGCACUGGCUAUCUAAACCACUAGAGGGAGCGCGACUAAAAUAAAUUGCUAUGAGCUUUAGCGGUACAUGUGAACCAUUUCCAUCUAGUUGAUUUUUCCUACUGCUUUUCUUCAGUGAAUCAUCAUGUUCUUCAGGUUUGUAACUAAAGCAGAUUCACAAGCUAUAGCUGUUGGCAUAUACAAUAAAACCUGUUUUCACAAAUAAA